AGUAGUGUAUUUUCAGCUUUAAAUCUUAAAUCAUUGUAAAAUGUGAGAGAGAAGCAUUGCUCGGAUUGUGGAAAGUGUCCUUGGAGAAUUUGGUAAGUUGACAGCCUUCUUUAAUACUACAUAUGAUGCAUAUUGUAAUACCAAUGAGUUGUUAGCCAAAGAGUAGACAUUUCAAGUGCCUCUGACUUCACAUACGUAGGCUACAUACAUAUAAAUUGAAUGUGUGCCCUGUAAUUCCGGUCCAGGUUGGGGUCUGUUGGGGGUGUGUGCGAUACGUCUGCGGGGCCCGGGCUGUGGCUGGGGGGGUGGCGGUCUCUGCUGCUGCCCUGCUCCUGGUAACAGCCCUCGGACUGGCGCUGGCUCUUCUCCUCACACAGAUAAAAGGCCAGGCAGUGGAGAAUGAGUUGAUGUCCACCACUUCUCCAAAUCGGCUAAAUACAGGAUAUGAAGCGCCAAAUAUUACUCUACCCACAAUCUCUGCCAACACAAGUCAACAGGAAAGUACAACAGCACCACAGCCUGCUAGGAUCCCACCUCCUGAAACACGUUGCGGAGGGGUGUUGUCUGACUCAGAGGGCAGUUUCAGUACCCCAAACCACCCUGGCUCCUACCCCCCCAACUUGCUGUGUGUGUGGGUGAUCCGAGUCCCACCCUCCUCCGUGGUGCAGAUCCACAUUUCCUCUCUGACUGUGGAGGGGCCUUCUCCCUGCCUCUUUGACUGGCUGGAGGUUCAGGAGCAGAGGGAUCAGAGCUCUGUGGUAACCAGGUUCUGUGGUAACGUAGCACCACCGACAGUCAACACAAACAGCAGCACAGUGUGGGUCACCUUCCACUCUGACGGCAGCAUCGCAGGCAGCGGCUUCACUGCGCAGUACAGAGCCAUCCAGCCUGGACACAAGAGCUGCUCCAGGGAAGAGUUCAUGUGUGACAGAGGGCGCUGUCUGCUGCCUGUGUCUAUUUGUGAUGGGCAUAUAAACUGCCAUGACCAAACAGAUGAGGCAAACUGCAGCCAUAAACACAAAGAAUGUGGAGGGCCAAAAACCGGGCCAUAUGGUUACUUGUCAAGUCCAAACCAUCCCAGGCCUUAUCCUCAUCAGCAGUUGUGCGUAUGGUAUAUAUCUGUUGAGGAGGGUCACGUCAUCACACUGAGCUUCAGGAACUUCAGUCUGGAGACUCAGGAUGUGUGUGAGUUUGACUACGUGGAGGUACACGACAGCAUCAAUACUGGAUCUGGAAGAGUACUGGGAAGGUUUUGUGGCACCACCUUCCCACCUGACCUGACCUCCUCCGGCCCCCACAUGACGGUGGUGUUUGAGGCUGAUGAUGGAGUGGCAGACAGCGGCUUCAAUGCAACAUACCAGGCAUUGUCAAUACUGGACCGGACAUGUGGUCCCAGCCAGUUUUCCUGCAGCACAGGGGAGUGUCUCCAGCAGCAGUGGUUGUGUGAUGGAUGGAACGACUGCCCUGACGGGGGAGAUGAGCAGGGCUGUGGUAACUCCACCUACCCCACCUUCACUUCAUCGUGUGAGUCCAUAGAGGUAGAGAUGUGUCAAGGCCUCAGCUACAACCUCACCUCAUUCCCAAACAUCUGGCUGUCCAUUGCUGAUCAGAGAGAAGCUGCCAUACUCUUGGGACAGUACCGGGUGUUGAUGGAGCUGGCGUGCUUCGAGCCCCUGCGGAGGCUGGUGUGCGGGAUGUUCCUGCCGCAGUGUAGCCCUCAGGGUGGGGUCCUCCAGCCCUGCCGCUCAGUCUGCUCCUCUGCAGAGCAGCAGUGCAGCCAAGCCCUGGACCUCUUCUCCUUCAGCUGGCCCUUCAACUGCCACCUCCUGCCGGACUCACAGGACCCCGUGGAGUGCUCGCUGCCUUGAUGCAGCAAGAGUUACAGAUGUGUUGAUAGUUAAAGAUAAAGACAUUUCACACAGAAUUGCAGCUUUGUUCGAGGGCCAAAAGGCCAGAAUCUGGAGACACAUUUUCUGGACUCAGACCAGCUGUUGGAGCCAAAAUGCAUGUGUCUUUGUUUGUAUUUUAUCUGCACAAGUUUAAUUAAUGAUGCAGUUCCAACAUUGAACACAAGAUGGAGUAUUCACUUGUGAGUGUGUAUAAAUGUAAUCACUGGGUGAUCAGAUGCAGGUGUGUGGGACGGUAGCAAAUAGUUUUCGACCGUGUCGGCAGAAGCCGUGUCGAUAUGAGCUGUGUUAACCUGUUUGUAUCAGAGCGUGACUGGCAGGCGUAAUGUUCAUCUGAAUGGUAACAGAAAGGCAAUAUGGAUACAAUCAACAUGGUGAAUAUAUAUGGAAAACAAAAUAAAGGAUAUUCAAGGAUA